UGUAAAUGGAUAUACUAUAUGUACCUGGCAUGAAAUCACAUGGCGAUAGGCCGAGCUGAAGUAAGGUCAGGCCGAUGCUCGUCUUCUUAUCGGGGACAGGCGACAUUCUGACAUCUCUCAAGCCCCUUCUUUCGACGAGGCACGGCCCAAGCUGAGAACCGAGAUCGUUGAAACAGCCAUCAAUUCCACUCGUACCCGAACCCGAUUCUCAAGACAGCCCCGAGUUCACCUCUCUCGCAAGGAUGCCGCCGGGAUAAACACAAUGGCCAAGGCCACGACACACAGCUCUAGAGAGCAACCUCGCAACCCGAAUCUGACCGAAGCUUUUGUGAGCGAGGAGCAGCACGGCUUGCUCGCAGGCCACGUCUCCGACGACGACGAUGACGCCGACAAUGACGACGCACCCGACGACGCACCCGAACAUUCCCGUGGCCAUGGCCGCACCCGGGCGAAUGGCCUCGUUGUCCAACCGGGCGACGGCAACGAAGCCCUCCCCAGCUCCCUCCGCACGCCACGCACCCCCCGAACCCCCAACCGAGUCCGCUUCGACCUGCGGCCUACCAACAUUCCCCCUCCGGCCAACGGCGACCGCCGCCCCCCCUUGCCGAACGACUACUUCGACGUUGCCGAACCCGACAGUCCCGGUUCCGACUCGACAUCGCGACCCCUCCUGACCGACAUCGAGGCGCCCGCCGUGACCCUAGCCAACAGCCUCGACCUCGCCGACGGCGACAUACACGAACGGGCCGAGCGAGAACGCACGCGGCCCAAGUCGGGCCUGAGCUCGGCCUUCAUGAACAUGGCGAAUAGCAUCAUCGGCGCCGGCAUCAUCGGGCAGCCCUACGCGUUUAAGGACGCCGGCCUGCUGGCGGGCAUCCUGCUGCUCAUCGCCCUCACCGUCGUGGUCGACUGGACUAUCCGCUUGAUUGUCAUCAACAGCAAGCUAAGCGGCGCCAGCAGCUUUCAGGGCACGGUCGAGCACUGCUUCGGCAGGACGGGGCUCAUCGCCAUCAGCGUCGCCCAGUGGGCCUUCGCAUUCGGCGGCAUGGUUGCCUUCGGCGUGAUCGUGGGUGAUUCGAUACCGCAGGUGCUGCGCACGAUAUGGCCGGAACUAAGCAGCAUACCCGUGCUUGGCCUGCUAGCGGAUCGCAGGGCGGUCAUUGUCGUCUUCAUCCUGGGCAUCAGCUACCCUCUGUCCUUAUAUAGAGAUAUUGCGAAGCUCGCCAAAGCAAGCACGCUUGCUCUGAUCAGCAUGACCGUCAUCCUCGUUACCGUUGUGGUUCAGGGCGUUCUUACGCCGCCGGAGAACCGCGGCAGUUUUACUUUGCCUCUACUUACGCUAAACGACGGCUUCUUCCAAGCCGUCGGCGUUAUCUCAUUUGCAUUUGUUUGCCAACACAAUUCUCUGUUAAUCUACGGCUCCCUAAAGACGCCCACGAUAGACCGGUUCUCCACGGUGACGCAUUACUCAACGGGCAUAUCGAUGCUUGCGUGCAUGAUCAUGGCGCUCGCGGGCUUCCUUACCUUCGGCGACAAGACACUCGGCAACGUGCUUAACAACUUCCCGGCGGACAACACGAUGGUGACGAUCGCGCGGCUUUGCUUCGGCUUGAACAUGCUCACGACGCUACCGCUUGAGGCGUUCGUCUGCCGGGAAGUCAUGUUCAACUAUUGGUUCCCCAACGAGCCGUUUAAUAUGAACCUCCACCUCAUCUUCAGCUCGACACUAGUGGUGUCGGCCAUGACGCUGAGCCUGUUGACGUGUGAUCUCGGCGUGGUAUUUGAGCUAGUGGGGGCGACGAGCGCGUGCGCGCUUGCUUACAUCCUGCCGCCGCUGUGCUAUAUCAAGCUGAGUUCGAGGUCGUGGAAGACGUAUGUUGCCAUGGGAGUUGUGGCGUUCGGGUGUGCUGUCAUGGUUAUCAGCAUGUUCCAGGCGAUUGGCAAGGUGAUCCAAGGUGGAGGCGUGCCCGCCCAGUGUGUAUGAGACUCGAUUAUUAUCAUCAUUAUUAUUAGACUUUGUAUCGCUGUAUAUUAUAACCAUAACCAAACAUGUAAAGUGAUCGACUUGGAGGUGAGGUUGGAGAGGGGAGGCGGGGCGGGUGAUAGCGACGGCAAACUGCAGCCGGCUUACCGGGGAAUGGCAUCCAGGUGAAACUGAAGAUACCAAUACAAGGCUCAGCGGUGUUAUCGAUCGAUGGAUCAUGUGCCGGCCACGCCACCAGACGACAAUGACGGUGAGGCGACAGGCCGCAGAAGGCAUUCCGACGUGGAAGCUCAUGUGUGAUUUGAGGAUGCUCCCAGACCGCUGGGACCCGCCCAUCUGCGUCUAUCCACCCUCUUCUCCCCCUCCCCUUCUGCUCCCUGCAGGCGCAUAAGUACAUGUGCAGACACUGGCAGUAAGGGGUGUGAACACGGCGUCGUAUCGCUUACCGCGGGAGGGCUAGAUAUGUAGGCAUGUAUGUAUGUUUGCGCGCGAGCGCGUACGUGUGUCGUGUAUAGGUGCGUUCGGCCUGGCUCGGAUGGCACUCUGCAGUUGACUUUCUAGUCGACCUACAGAUCGGACCCUCGCGCGCAUGCAGCGAUUGAUUAGAUAUCGAGGCGGCUUGGGACGUGAUGGUGU